AUGAAAAUAGCUAUUGUAAAACCUGGUAUACCAAUGGAAAUUGUAUUAAAUAAAGAAAGUCGUCGAAAAACACCGGUUAUUGUUGCUAUUAAAGGCAAAGAUCGUGAAUUUGGUGAAGCAGCUAUCUCUCGAUCAAGUAAAAUUCCAUCACAAUCUUAUAUGUAUUUACGUGAAUUAGUUGGAAAAUCAUUAAAUAAUCCGGUUGUUGAACAAUAUUUAAAACGAUUUCCAUAUUAUAAAUUAAAAACUGAUGCACAUACAAAUGAACUUGUUUUUGAGCAUGAUAGUGAAACAAACUAUACUGUUGAAGAACUUCUUGCAAUGAUAUUAAAAAAGGCACGUGAAUAUGCAACAGAUUUUGCUGAACAAUCUGUUGAUGCUGCUGUUAUAACUGUUCCACCAUACUUUACACAAACUGAACGACGUGCUAUUAAACGUGCAUGUGAAUUAGCAAAUAUAAAAUUACUUCAAUUAAUGAAUGAUAAUACAGCUGUUGCACUUAAUUAUGGUAUAUUUCGUCGUAAAGAUUUUAAUUCAACAGGUUCAACUUAUUUAUUUUAUGAUAUGGGUUCACAAUCAACAACAUGUACAAUAGCAACAUAUAAUAUUGUUAAAACAAAAGAAAAUGGUUAUGUUGAAGAAGUACCACAAUUAACAAUAAAAUCAGUUGCAUUUGAUCGUGAUUUAGGUGGUUUAGAAUUUCAAAUACGUUUACGUGAUUAUUUAGCAAAAAAAUUUCAUGAACAUCAUCCAAAUAUAGAUUUAUUUCAAAAUUCCAAAGCAUUAACAAAAUUAUUUCGUGAAGCUGGACGUGCUAAAAAUGUUUUAAGUGCUAAUAAUGAAUAUACAGCACAAGUUGAAGGUUUAAUUGAUGAAAUUGAUUUUAAACAUCGAAUAACACGUGAACAAUUUGAAAAAUUAUUUGAAGAUCUUUUUCAACGAGUUAAGCAACCUAUUGAAGAAGCACUUAAUACAAGUGGAAUUACUUUGGAUGAAAUUCAACAAGUCCUUCUAUUCGGUGGUUCAACACGUAUUCCACGUGUUCAACAGGAAUUAAGCAAAUCUCUUGGCGGAAUUGAUCUUGGUAAAAGUUUAAAUACCGAUGAAGCUGCUGCUAUGGGCGCUGUUUAUCAAGCUGCAGCACUUUCAAAAGGUUAUCGUGUUAAAAGAUUUCUUGUUAAAGAUGCAAAUCAAUAUCCAAUAAAUGUUCAAUUUGAACGACAUCCUGAUCCAACAAUGGAAAAUUCUGAACAAAAAUUAAUUGAUCGAACAUUAUUUCAACGAAAUAAUCUUUAUCCAAAUCGAAAAGUGAUGACAUUUAAUCGACAUAUUGAUGAUUUUUCAUUUGAUGUUCAUUAUGGCGAUUUAACAUAUCUUUCAGAUACGGAUAAACGUGCACUUGGUCAAACUGAAUUAUUUCGUGUAAAUGUUCUUGGUGUUCGUACAGCAUAUGAAAAACAUAAAGAUACAAGUGAAUCAAAAGGUGUUAAAGCACAUUUUCAAUUAGAUGAUAAUAGUCUUCUUGUUCUUGAUCGAAUUGAAUUUGUUUUCGAACGAAAAGAAACUGAAGCCGAUAAAAAUAAUACAACUAAUGAUGAAGAUGCAUCAACAUUAUCAAAAUUAGGUAGUAAAAUUUCAAGUUUCUUUUCAUCAUCUGGUUCAUCAACAUCGGAAAAUGAUACGAAUAAUGCAACAAAUACUACCGAUGAAAAAAUUCCGACUAAUAAUACUGAGACAAAUAAUGAUGAACAAACAAAAAAAUCUGUUGAUGAAAAAGAAGGAACUAAUACAACUGAUAAUACAACAACAACCACAACAACAACAACAACAACAACAACGCCAGCACCACCAAAAACAAUAACAAUUCGUGAACCAUUAGAAUUUCGUGUAGAAAUGCUCGAUUAUGCUGAUCCAACUUCAGAAGCUCAAGCUAAUUCAAUGAAAAAAUUGACAGCUUUGGAUGAACAUGAUCGUCAAUUAUUAGCUUUAGCAACAGCCAAGAAUAAUCUUGAAUCAUUUAUUUAUGAUAUGCGUGACAAACUUGAACAAGAUUCUAAUUAUAAAAAAGCAGCAACAUCCGAAGAACAAACAAAUAUUAAAGAAAAAUUGACUGAAAUCGAUACAUGGCUAUGGGAUGAUGGUAUUAAUGCUGAUGUUAAAACAUUAAGAUCUAAAUUAGAUGAAUUAAAAACGUUAACCAAAUCUUUAAUAUUACGUGUACGUGAACGUGAUUUACGUUCACAAAAAAUUCAAGAACUUAAAGAUACACUUAAUUCUACUGAACAAUUUGUUCGCACAACACGUAUUUUAUUUUUAAAAAAAGAUGAUGAUGAAAAGCCAUUUACUGAUGGAGAUAUUGAUGCAUUAGAAAAAACUGUUAACGAUAUAUAUAAAUGGAAUGAUCAGGUUUUAGAUUCAUUUUCAAAAUUAUUACCAACUGAUAUGCCAAAAUAUUUAUCAAAUGAUUUCGAUGAUAAAAUUAAUUUACUUAAACGUGAAACAAAUUAUUUACUUGGUAAAAUUCAACGAUUUGUUCCAAAACCAAAAACAACAACGACAACAUCACCACCAACAAAAAAAGUUCCAAAGGAUAAUGAAACAAAUAUUGAAAAAGAACAAGAACCAGAACAAGAAACAUCUUCGACUACUACUGCGACUCCUCAAGAAGAAGAAGAAACAACAACAACAACAACAACAACGACAACAACAAAAUCAAGUGAAGAAAAACGUCCAGAAUUAUAA